GGGAUCCAUCAUUACUUCGAUGGCCUUGUAGCGAGGUAAGAAGGUGAAAUGUUUGGAUAAAUGGUCUUCGCGGCUGACAGGUCACAAGUCUCGUGACCAAAAUCGUAAAUGUAAUAGUACUGUUUGGUGGAAGCUUCUUUCACUUAUCUUGCGGUCCUUUCUUUUGCAGGCAUGAAGGAAUUCUCGCCAUUUUGGUUACAGACAGAGACGGAGUUCCUCUAGUGAAAGGUUAAAGUCUAUUAAUUUGCUUGUUGAUACUGAAAGAUCGAUAUCGCACAUCAAAGUGCAGUUUCUACAGCAGGUCUCAGUUGCUCAAAAAGUGUUAGAAAUAGUAUCAUGGCGUGGGACCAAGGCUGUAGCCAGAUGAAAUUCUCACCAAGAAAGUUAAGACAAAAAUAUCUAUAACCUUUUUAGCAACAUAUUUUGUCACAAGGCCCUCCUAGGUGCAGAUAUGCGCACAGGUCCUAGAGUGGAUCGGAACCUGACGAACCUCAAUAUAACGAAGGGCUAAGGCAAAAUGCGUUAGCUAUACCGAGGUUUCGUUAUAUCGAGGUUCUUUUCCAUAUAUUUUACUAUUACUGGGGUAAGGAAGAUUGUUCGUUAUACCCAGGACUUUGUUUUAUCGAGGUUCGUUACAUCAAGGUUCCACAGUAUACUCUAAAGAAACUCUUUUGCAGAAACGCCUCCUCCCCACCCCCACCCCCACAUAAAAACAAAUCAACCCAUUCCCUAAAUUAUAGGGCACGAUCCAUUCAACCGAAAUUUCUGGAAAUUUUGGUCCAAAACUCAGUGGAUCCAUUCAGUCCAACUGGAAAAGUUUCGAAAAAACUGGUCCACCUUUUGCGGUCGACCACUUUUCCCAGUCGGACCGGUCGGAAUUUUGGUUGCAUGGAUUGUGCCCGUAAUGUGGGCAUGGCUCAAGCAAUAAAUAUGCAAAGUCAUUAGAUACAGGCUGCCAAAAUUCCCUUUUCUGACAAAGCAGUCUUGUGAUGAAAUGCAGUGGACAUGCAAAAAUGCUAUAUUUGGCAACCUUUGCAAAUCUUCAGGAAUGUUUGUAAGUCAUCAGAACAUCUUUGGGACUGUUCUAAAUUCUUUGGAUUUUUCUGGUAGUUUGGGAAGUGUAGUUAAAAAAAUCACAUGCACUUGACUCAGGAGAAGUUGGUAGGUUUAGUAUGUGUGUACGGUAGCCUUCUGAGUCUCGUUUUGAUAGUAAUAAUCCUGGACUUUUGGCAAAGUGAAUGGUCAGCCCUUCCUCAGAGACAGGUUUCAACAAAUGAGGUUGGGGUUGUUUAAAUGUAAGAUAGAGCUAUCCACCUGAUAAAUCACUAUCCAAUGGAUAAGUAUUAGGGAAACUAUUGCAAUAUCCAUUGGAGUUUAGUUAUAAAUUUGUCAUACAGAAAAAUGCUCCACAAAUCCCAAUCAUAAAGCUUCUUGCCUCCUAGAUUAGCCUGUUGCUGCUUUUUGCAGUUAGGGUUGUAUGUGUAAUUUUAUGUAUCUAAGUUUCUUUUUAUUUUGUGACACAGAAUUAAACAAUUCAAUUAAGUACAGUCAAACCUCAUUACUACAGACACUUAGCCUCCCACACAGACGUUCUCAGGGGUUCGUCAGACGUUCCUGCCCCACGAACGUCUGCUGAAUCGAGUGGUUAAAUUCCUUUUCCUUUGUUUGUGUUCGCAAAUAUCAGUUGGAGCUCACGUACAGAUUAUCGGAUAACCAAUCGACACUGAAGUGAGAGUGUUGAAAAGCCAAACACAUAUGUACAAGCUUGGUAGGGGUGUGGUAUGUGACCAAAGAGUUUUCAUUUGGACAAAAUUUUAUGAGAUAAGCAUUUGCGUUUUGUAUAUUUCUCUUUGUAAAGGCUGGAUUAGAUGUCGUUUGCUCAUAAAGGUUGUUCUGUGAGUGAGGCAACAGGGGAAGUUGUAACUGAUCAAAAGGCAGAAUUUUUUUUCGCAAUUUAUUGUUUUGUAGUAAAGCCGACUUCCGUUCAGCAAAUUAAACCUCCAAGGUAAUUCUUUCAAUGAGAUUGUUGAGGGCAGUUUCUAGUAUGAAGGCGUCUGAGUUAACAAAAUCUUGGUUGGACAUAGCCAAAAAAGGUUGAACUUUAUAUCGGGUAAAAACAGAGAACACACCACACUAAUGUAGAAGAAAACUUCAUUCCCCAAGUCAGUGUGGUUACAUGAAUUUGAGAGUGCCCCAAGACAAAGUAGGAUUUACGCAAGUAGUCUAAAGGCAGAUUUUUAUUCAUCCUUUCUGUAAAAUCAUUUACGAGAAAAAUAUUCUCCGGACAUAAUUUCCGAACACAGGUGGGAUUUCAUUGAAAACCCCACAAAUUUAUUUUAAGUAAUAGUUAUUAAAAUUAAUUUCUCCCUCUAACAUACAGUUUCAGAUCCCAAAGUACCGCAAAAUGCUCUUAGGGCCAGCUUUCUCUCAACAUUUUCCACAACAGCAGAACAGGUAAGAUCUAGACCAUUGUUGUGCUCACAGUUACUAUGGAAACUGUAACACUAUGCAGUCAUGCUGUGUCCGUAAUGUCCAUAGGUAAGAAAAGUAAUAAUUCUGAAGGCCAAAUGCAGAAUACUGUGUGAUUCAGUUCGCAAACAAGGAGAGUCUAUUACACUCCAGUCAUUGCUUGUCAUUUUAUCAAAGUUAUUUUUUCUAGUCAAAAGAAAUUUUGAAUAGAAAUUUUGGGGUGUUUGUCAUUUUCUACAGGAAGCUUGAACGACAGCACAACAUUGCAUGGAAAAUUGGUAAAAUGUCAGAGAGGCCCUUUAGAGCAAAGUUUCUCAACUAUCUUUGUCACUGAUUGCAGAACUACGUGUUAAAUGCAUCUAUCAUAAAUAAGAUAACAAUAGUAAAGUGAACAUGUGUGUUUGAUGAAGGUCAAAGCUGUAAAGACAGUCCUGUUAACUGUUUGUGUAUAAUUGCAGACUUCUUUACAAUUUCAUUUCUCUGUUCCAGGCAAGCAAGCUGGGAUUAUCCAAAAACAAAAGCAUUGUGUGUUUCUUUGCUUCUUAUCAGGUAAGUUAAGCUUAUAAGGGGCAAAAUAAGAGCAACUUCAUUUUUGUUAUAUGUAGAGAGAUGGAUUACUGGCUUUCAAAAUGUAGUUGUUGUUUAGUUUCUAUUAAAGAGAUUAAGAGUCACAUUUACAACAAACGGCAAACAUCAGGUUCAAGUUGAGAAUUUCUCAGAGGAGAAAAUGAGCAGAGAAAAACUGUCCAUAGCAAUUCUUAAGGAUAAACUGGUGUAAAACUACUUAUUUUUGAGUAGGAGUAAUAAGCAGUAACGGACAAUAAGGAGAAAACUUGGUUACAUGGUACAAAUUCACGUCUGCCAUUUGGCGUAAAUGUGACUCUUAAACUCUCUUUUGCCCUGAAUUGGGGUAUAGCAUUGUGUGAUCGAUGAGUUGGAAACAAAGGUAAAUAAAACGUAAAUCAAAGGUAAGAUUAAACCUCAACUAAAAGGUGUACAUUAUUUCAUUUUCACUUACUGUCUCUCCUGUAUUAUUUCUCUUUAUGGAACUAUUGUUGGUUUGUUUACAGGUGGUUCAUUUUAGUUUUCCACCUCUUGUUGUCAGUAUAAUUGCAACCAGCCAGGCAAAUACAGGUCAGCUCAACUUUGUUUUUUAAUUAGAAAUUUCAUUCAAAGGUAUGAACUUGGACAGAAUAAUAUGGAAAAGAAAAACCCUUUUCCCUUUGAAAAAAGGGAUGAUGGUAGGCAAACACCAUAAUGUGUCAUUUUGCCAACCUUGAUUUAGUAAUUGGGUGAGGCAAGGAGUGCUGGAGCCCGUUUCUCGAAAGUCCCGGUAACUUUACGGGCCCGAAAUCAAAUAUUCAAAUUGAAAUAUAAAGAAUAAGAGCGCGGGUCCUGGCUAGCAAACUACUCCAUUUAGUUUCAUUAACUGACAGUUUUAUCAUGUUAGAUGCAAAACUAUUGAAACCUCGAUCUUUAAUGUAAACACAGAAAGCUUACCGGGCCCGUUAAUUAUCGGGACUUUCCAGAAACGGGCCCCUGCUCAUAAUGUGCUCUUUGUUGCAGUCAACUCAAUACAGGUAUACGUCUAUUAAAGUAUUGAAGAAAAUAGGCCCUUUGCAGCUAAGCCAUCACAUGACCUACUUUUCAUAAAAUUAUGGGCCAUAACUUAGCAAAUUUCAGAAAUAGAAAAAACAUGUCGAAAAUAUCAAAAUGGCCAAGUUUGAGGUCCCCAUCCUUCAAGAAUGAGAUUUUAUGACAGUCUGAAUUUUUUAAAAAAUAAAAGAUUUGUAUGAAAAAAGUUGUCGGAGAGUAAGGCGUUGCUCUCCAGCAGCAUUUUCGAUACAAAUCCUCUUAAUUUUCUGAAAGUUCAAACUGCUGUAUAAACAUUACUCUGUAAUCCCAGGGGCCCAAACUUGGCCAUUUUGGUGUUUUCGAUAUGCUCUUUCCAUCUUUGGCAUUCUUUGAGUUAUAGCCCAUAAUAGAGAUUUUUUUAAGGAAAGAUUUGAUCACUUGACCCCAGCUGCAAAAGGCCUAUUGCUGAAAAGUUGUGAGGACAACCUCUUGGGGUCCAUUCAAGAGAGCUGUUUAUAAAGUCAGUAGAUUGCAAAAACUAGCGUGACAACAAUAGAAGUAAGAUUGAAAGCAGCCCCAUCUUUAGAUUUAGCACAGUGUUUUCCAGAAUUUUCUAUUUGACGAAAUAGGAAAGGUCUUUAUAAGAAGCUGGCCAGCAAUGUAAAAUCCUAAAUUUCGCCACUACAAAAAGUUGCUGAUGAGUAUUAUUUUAGGGGCUGUAGUGUGCAGUGUAAUAUUGUUAUUGAAAAUUGACAAAAGCUUGCAACCAUAACUUUGUUGUUUUUGAUGUUGUUGUUGUUUGUUUGUUUUAGGUCUCCUGCUGGGACUAGAAAGCGACUUUGAACAAACAAUAAGAGCAGUAAAAAGUGUUGUGGAUGGAGUAUAGGACACAAAUUGUAACAAAUUAAAAUUAGUUAAUGAUAGAAUUUAGAAAUGCAAUUUAUUACUUUUUACAACAAGCUUCUCAGGUCAAGAUUUCUUUUGAGGUACGCUAUUAACAAUCUGAAAAAAAAAUUGCUUCGGUCAUUUAAGGAGCGUAAAGUCAAAGAAAGUUGGGCUAGACCACUUGGUAUAACUUCCGACUUGUUCUUCUCGAAGACUGUAUCUUUUGUAUGAAUUGAGAACAAAAGGUUUUUCAAUAAAAUCAGCUAUUGAGAUAUCCC